AUGACGCGGAUCCACACGCAGCUGAGCAUGCUCCUCAUGCUCCUGCUCGGCCUCAUGUGCCCCAGUGUGCAAGGAUUCUGCAGCGUUGAACACUGCACCAACAAAACCACAUGUGUUCUGACCAAAGACCAGCGACGCUGCAAAUGCACUGUGGGAUAUUAUGGAGACCUGUGUGACAAAGAUGCACAGAUUGCAGUGAUGUGUGGCAGAGACUACAUUGCGAUGAGGGUAGUCGAGGAUUUCUUCAAGUACUACAACGUGCCGCUGGAAUCGCUGCACUUACCCAACAAAACGUGUCGAGUUCAGAAGGAGGAGAUCGACGGCGUGUCGUACUUCAUGUCCUCUAUCUCCAAAGAGCAGUAUCUGAAGUGUGGAGGCAGACCGCUGGAGAAAAACCUGACUCACGUCUCGUACUCUCUGAGUUUGCUGACGGACCCUCAGGUGAUGGGAAACAUCAUCAGAGAUCCCGUCAUUAAGAUCGACUACACGUGCGUCUUCCCGUACAUCAGGACCGUCAGCCUGCCGUUCCCGGUCGUUCCCUUCUCCAGUGAGAUGGUCAUACGAGCAGAUGAACUCGACGCUGAGAUCCAGAUGAUGCUCUACAAAGACCGAACCUACAAGAAGGCCUUCACCAGCGCCCCCACCAUUGAACUCCGAGACAAGGUGUACGUGGAGGUGACCGUGACGAAGCCGGCAGAUUUCUUCCUGCUCCGCAUCAACGAGUGUUGGGCCACUCAGUCUCCUAAGCCCAACUCGACAGAGGGAUCAGCUUACACGCUGGUCCAGAACGGCUGCGUGAACGACCAAACUGUCUCUUUUCUCAACGUGAGCGAGGGAGAGUCCGGCAGGAACGGAGAGAGUUCCACCGUCCGCUACAGCUUCGACAUGUUUCGCUUCACAGCAGAACCGAACAGCUUCUACCUGCACUGCUCCGUGCAGCUGUGUGAGCCCGACGACCACCAGUCCUGUAUCCCUAGCUGUAAUUCGAUCAGUAAGAGAGCAGCAGUGAGGGCAGACCCCCUCCAGGGACUCCUGUCAUAUGGACCAAUCAGAAUCGAGAUGCCACACAGACCUCAAUCCAGCAUACUGUCCACAGUGGUGCUGCCCGUAGCGGGGGUCUGGACCAUGGGGGUCUUCCUCAUCGUGGUCAUCACUGUGGCGAAGGCCGCCAGCCGGAGGCUCAAACGAGUGGAACAGCACUGA